GAAGGCAGAGGUGGCGGAGACCAUGGCUGGAGGCAAAGCUGGAAAGGAUAGUGGGAAGGCCAAGGCCAAGGCAGUGUCUUGCUCACAAAGAGCUGGACUACAGUUUCCUGUGGGCUACAUCCACAGACACUUGAAGACUCGCACCACAAGCCAUGGACGGGUGGGUGCCACUGCUGCCGUAUAUAGUGCUGCGAUUCUGGAGUACCUCACUGCUGAGGUGCUGGAGCUGGCAGGUAAUGCUCCCAAGGAUCUCAAAGCAAAGCGUAUUACUCCACGUCACUUGCAGCUUGCAAUCCGUGGUGAUGAAGAGUUGGAUUCUCUUUUCAAGGCUACCAUAGCUGGGGGUGGUGUGAUCCCUCAUAUCCACAAAUCUCUGAUUGGAAAGAAGGGACAGCAGAAAACUGCUUAGAGGGUUGUUUUAACCAAUCCUCUUCCUCCCCGUCAUUGUACUGUAACUGGGACAGAAGAUAACAGUGGGGAUAUGUGGAAUUUUUAAAAGCAGUUAAAUGGAAAGGCAUAGACAAUUACUGUAGACAUGCUAAAAGAAACAUUUGUAUGUUCUUAGACUCGAAGUUUGAUAAAGUACCUUUUCAUGUGG